AGGGACGGGAGGGAGGAUGGGUUUGGAAGAAUAUCAAGUGACGUCUGAAGAAACUCAACUCUGGCCGGAGAAGUGAGCCGAGGAGGGCGGAAAACUGUCUUCCCGAUCGUUGUAUUGCUGGCUUAUUCCCUGGAAUGUUUAAUGAAGCCAUCUAUCGGGAAAUACCUGAACCGGCAGAGGAAGGGGGCUGUCCAAGACAGCAGUUGGGGCGCUGAUGAUAACCAACACGGGUUACAGGAAAGUUUGACCUAGAUCAGAACCGUAGUGCCGAGUCUCCCUGGCUGAUUCUCCACGUCUCUCUAGGCUUCCCGUCCCUGCCUCUCGUGGGUGCUUAUGGAGCCAGCUGCUUCUCUGCAUUUCUCCCUGCCAGGCUCCCUUCUCUUCUUCCACCUCCUCAGCUUGUUUGCAGCGGUCUCAGGUAGGGGUGCAUGCCACUAACUCCUAUCAACUUCUCAGAAAGGAAAAUCAGCACUUCAGUCUGCAAAGAGGAAGGGUAAAGAAGGGCUGCAGUUGUGUUCGCUCACCUUUUCGUUCUGCACACGGUCUUCGAACGGAUCCCAGCGCCCUCCAUUUAGCAAUCCAGUGAGAGCCACAAAAGUCCAAUUUACUGUCCUGGGACCAGCUGAUCCAAUUCUGGCCAUGGUGGGAGAAGACACCAAGUUACACUGCCACCUGUCACCUGAGAAAAACGCUGAGGACAUGGAGGUGCGGUGGUUCCGGACGCAGUUCUCCCCUGCAGUGUUCGUGUACAAGGGCCAUCGAGAGAGAACGGAGGAGCAGAUGGAGGAGUACCGGGGAAGAACAACUUUUGUGAGCGAAGCUAUCAGCAAAGGGAGCGUGGGGCUGAUCAUACACAACGUCACAGCCCACGAAAAUGGCAUCUACCGCUGUUAUUUCCAAGAAGGCAGAUCCUACGACGAGGCCAUCAUGUACCUGAUGGUGGCAGGCCUGGGUUCUAAGCCCGUUAUUGAAAUGAAGGGCCACGAGGAUGGAGGCAUCCGGCUGGAAUGCACAUCUGUAGGGUGGUACCCAGAGCCCCAUGCCGUGUGGAGGGACCCUUAUGGUGAGAUCAUGCCCCCGCUGGAGGAGGCUUACACUACGAACGCAGAUGGCCUCUUCAUGGUCACCAUGGCUGUGAUCAUCAUGGACGAGUCUGUGAGGAACGUGACCUGCUCCGUCAACAACACCCUGCUCAACCAGGAGAAGGAAACUGUGAUUUUCAUUCCAGAAUCCUUUAUUCCCAGCACAUCUCCCUGGAUGGUGGCCCUGACUGUCAUCCUGCCUUCUCUGCUCCUUAUCAUCGCUGGGAGCAUCUGUCUCGUCAAGAAACUCCAAAUGGAAAAAAAGCUUCUGUCCAUGCAAAUAGAGAUUGAAAAUGAAGAGAAAGAAAUUGCACGUAAGGAACUGGGGAAAGAACGUGUGGAAAAAGAGAAAGAACGUCUAAUAAAAGAGCAACUUCAUGAAGAACUGCGAUGGAGAAGAAGCCUCUUACAUGCGGCUGAUGUGGUACUGGACCCAGACACCGCUCAUCCCGAGCUCUUCCUGUCAGAGGACCGGAGAAGUGUGAGACGGGGUCCCUCCAGGCAGAGCUUGCCUGACAACCCAGAGAGAUUUGACUGUCAGCCUUGUGUCCUGGGCCUAGAGAACUACUCCUCAGGGAGACAUUACUGGGAGGUGGAGGUCGAAAACGUGAUGGUUUGGGCUGUGGGUGUUUGUAGAGACAGUGUUAAGAGGAAAGGGGAAGCCCUACUGGUUCCUCAGAACGGCUUCUGGACCCUGGAGAUGUUUGAGAACAAGUACCGCGUCCUGUCCUCCCCAAAGAAGAUUCUCCCCCUGAAAGAGCGCCUUCGCCGGGUGGGCAUCUUCCUGGAUUAUGAAGCUGGAGAUGUGUCCUUCUAUAACAUGAGGGACAGGUCGCACAUCUACACGUGUCCCCGUUCGCCCUUCUCUGGGCCCCUGAGGCCCUUCUUCAGGCUGGGGUCUGAUGACAGCCCCCUCUUUAUCUGUCCAGCGUUUACAGGGGCCCAGGGUGUCACAGUGCCUGAGGGCGGCCUGGUCCUUCACAGGGCAGAGACCCACCGCAGCCUCCAGGACCAAUUCCCCGGUCUCAGAGCCAAGUAGAGAGCCCAGGCCACCUCUACUACCACAGCACAGCACCCCCUGGAGGAAAACCACCCUCCUUCCUUCUGGUCACGGAAGAAAAUCUCCUCCAGAGGUCCCCUGGACACCUCCUCAAGCCCCAGCCCCAUCUCUCCCUCAUUAGGCUGUUGCUUUAGUAACUCAUUUGCACGUAACGAUGGGGCAGGGGCCAGUCUCAGGAACACAAGUGCUGCCACAUAGCUCCCAACCAAGAAGUGUGAGAAUGUGACAGGCAGAAAACCGGUUGCUUCAACGUCAGAGUGACACAUUCAGCCUGAGACUGGAGUUGACGUCAGAUACUGUGGACUGGGGCGAGGAUGCACUAGGAUGUAAGAGGGGAGCGGGAACCACAAAUGGAAGUCAGAGAUAGAGGAAGUGAGACCUGAGAGGUGGGCCGAGGCUAUGGAUGUGGUUAAGCCCCACCAUUACAGCUAAGGGGUCCCAGGAGCUGAUGGUCCAUUUCCCACCCACCCCCAAGAUUUCCAGGGCAUACAGUAAAGCUCCCCAGGCCUAGAUCCAUAUGAGGAAGGAUGAAGGAUGAGGAUACUUCUGGACGUGGCCUGGCUCAGGUGUCCCUACAAUAAACAAGGUGUCAGUACUUAGUUAUUGAGAGUGGCCUAAGGUUUAAGGUCCCAGCUGAGCAGGUAAGCAUUGGACCAAGUGGAUCUCAAGGUUCAGGUUCAGUGGGGAGAGCAGUGCUUUUCUGCUUUUUAGCCUCAGGUUGCCUUUAGACACUUAAAAAUUACUGAGGACCCUAAAGAGCUUUUGCUCAUUUGGGUUAUAUAUCUAUCAAUAUUUGUGGCAUUAGAGAUUGGAACUGAGAAAUGUUUAAAAUGUAUUUAUUUAUUAAUUUAUAUUAAAAAUAGCAACAAGCCAAUUACAGGUUAAUAUAAAAAAAUUUUCAUGAAAAAUAACUGUUGUUUCCAAUGCAAAAUAAAGUUUAUUGAGAAGUGUGGUGUUCUUUAACGUUUUUGCAAAUCUAAUGUCUGGCUUCUCGAAGGUGGCUAGAUCCUCACAUCUGCCUCUGUAUUCAGUGCUGGGAUAUCACAGGUCAUGUAGGCUCUAAAAAAUGUAACUGUACACUAGUGAGAGAGUGAGAGCAAAAAUGAAAAAUAAUAUCUUAGUAUCAUUAUUAUGGAAUAGUAUUAAUCUUGUAGACUGUUUGCAAGUAUUACAGGGACCACCCAGAAAUCUGCAAAACAUCUUUUGAGAAGCAGGAUAGAGGAUCCUGGAAUUGAGUCAGUCAUCUAAAAUGAUGACAUAAAUGGCAGUAUUUUGGACUUUACAUAAUUCAGCCAUCCAAUUGUAAAACUUGGCUGAAAACUUUAAAAGGUAUUUCAAAAGUUCAAAAUUGUUUUACUGCAGUUUCAAAUGGAAACAUUCUGGAAAAAAUCAGGAACAUUGAAGUAAGUGAUUUGUUGAGAUGGAAGACUGGCUUAUUAAUGUGUAUGCCGUGUGUUGUUUUUAUUUUUUGUAUUGUUGUUAUAAUAAUAUUUGAACAGUUUUAACUAAAAGCACCAGACUGCGAUUCAGGAAACAAGUACUACUAAUAACUGCCUAUAUUAAUCUUAGGCAAGUUAGAGCUUUUCGGUGUUUUGGUAUUCUGUAAAAUAAGGCUUUGAGUGGGUUUGCAUAUCUUUUAUUAUAGUUUACAAAACACUUUCACUUAUGCAGUAUCCUUGCUUUCUCAUAGCAAAUAUACUGAUCCCCAUUUCACAGUGAAAUAGUGAGGUCUAGCGAGUUAAAGCAAUUUUUUUGUUUGUUUGUUCAAGGAAAAUAGAGUUUUCAUUCAUACUUUUUUUUUGAUAAAUCAUGCCUCAUCCUUAAGGUGCCUUAUAAACAUAAAUUUCAAAUGUUUUAAGUAUUUAUUGAAACUAAGCGUGAACCCAAUGCUCUGCUAGUCACUGUAUAAAAUACGUAAAUAGUAUAAAACUCGGCUCCUAUCCUUUACUGUCUUCCUUCAUAUCUUUGCUUAUUCAUUCACUCUCAACAAAUUUAUCACCUUUAAUGUGUC